CAUGCAUGUGUGAUAGAGAGAGAUAGAGAGAGAGACAGAGACAGAAAGAGAGAGAGGGAAGGAGGAGGGGGCAGAAUAAGCCACAUGCAUAAGGAGGGAGCUAGAAAUACACAGAGAGGGUGUUUGUGUGUGUGUGUGUGUGUGUGUAUGCAUGAACACGCUGCGCAUGUGUGACUGUGUGUGUGUGCACAGAGGCGCAUUGACUGGAGCAGACGGCGGAGGAGGAAGAGCAGGGGUAAUGAACGGCAGCUGAGACAGAGGGGAGAUAACAACAGAGGACAAGGAAAGGAGGAAAGGAGAAGCAGGCUUAGCUGAAGACCGGAGGCUUGGAGACUAAAAGAAGGAGACGGGCUGGAAGAAGGAGACAGCGCACAUCCACACUGAGAAAGGCUGCACAGAGGCACAGGUCAUUACACAGUGUGCGCUGAAUAAUUUGACUGGCCGAGGACGAGGGAGAGAAAAAGAGGGAUGGAGAAAGAGAUACCAGACGGAGCCGCUCAGCCACAGCACAGAGGAGAGGCAGUGAGGGUGGGAGAGUGAAGGACAAAGGUAGCAGAGAGGUGAGGAGGAGAGGAGAAGAGAAGGAUGCACCGCUCGACCAGAGAGGCUCAAGACGUGACGCAUCCACCUUGCAACAGCUUCCUCCAUCUUACAUCUCUUUCAUCUUUUCCUCCCUCAACCCCUGCCUUCUCCCCUUCACCCUCCUAAAAUCACAUGAACAGGAGAAAGCAUCAACAACAUCGUCAGCAGCUACAGGCACAGAAACGACAAGAGGAACAUGGAGGUGAAUACAGACUGGAGGAGGAAAAGUGCGUAGGCACCUAGAUAGCUGGACUAAAGGCCUCGUGAGGACAGCAACUGGGAGUUGAAUCAAUGCAAAAGUGAGACAAGCACAGAGGCAUUCUUCAGCCUGUUAUCAGGCCUUUGGCUCAAGUGGGAGGACUCCGUCUGAAAGUCAAGCACCCCUUCAUUCCCACCUUUGAGGAAUUCAGGAGAGUUGGAGAAAGGAGGCGGGGGGUCAUUCCAACAGCUUCCCCUUACCUCUGAGACAUUGUAGAACACCUCCCAAAAAAAGACUUCCCUCUUAUCAGCAAACCACGGAGAGGGUCGCAGAUCACCUGACCAUAUUGGACCAAAAGCAGAGAGAGGACUCUGAAGGUUGUUGUUUGUUUCUCACACACUCAAUCCCAGGCUUAACACAGCCUGAGCCUAAAACAGGAAGGAAGUGCUGGUUUCAGCAAGAAACAAACCCAAAGCCUAGUUUGAGAGGGCAAGAGUUUCCUCUGGCAGGGCACAGGAUACAGCGUAAGACAAUACCUCUUGAACCUCUCUGAACUGCCUGCCUCAGUCCCUCUACUUUGUGAAUGCAGAAAUCCGCCAAACUCUACUGUACUGUAUGUGUAUAUGUGAAAAUCUAUGUACAUUUGAGAUUAUUUAUUGGUGUUAUCACUGAGUGAGAACAUAUCUUUGUGUUCUAAUAAUCUGUCAUUGUGUAUGAAUAUACAUUUCUGCAGAUAGUGUGAGUACAGCAUUAGAGCAGCACAGGAACAUCAUUGUGUAUUAGUAAAAGCAACAAAAAACUACCUUUAAGUAGUUAACAUUGGUCAACUACCACUAGUUAAUUACUGUAACCACUAAGCUAGACUGUGAAAACCAUCUGUGCUUAUCGGCUGACAAAGUGAAUACUGAGUGACUGCUACAGAUUGUAGUGCUGUGGCUGUGCUCCUUUACCUGUCUACCCCUCACAAAGGCAGAGAUACCCACCAGGGAGGAUCUCUGAGGGAAUCAUGGACAGAGCCAUCCGUCCCCACGUCCCCUCGAAUGGCUGACUCUGAGAGCUUCAGAAAACCGCGGAGCCCAACUUCAUCCCUGUGCCCAGACCUUGGCAGGGGUGCCCAGCGCUGAUUGCAGCCACAGCCCCUCUCUCUCAGACACAGACCUCCAAACGAGCGAAUGUCCUGCCUCAGGCGCCAGACUGUCACCAUCCCCAUGGACACCGUCAAGAUCAUCCAGUCGGAGAAGUUCCCCAGAGAGUGCCCUGUGCCCGUCACCCAGCCGCGCUAUGCUCCUCCACCCAGAGUGGCGUGGGAUGGAGGAGGUGAGGGGGAGAUAAUUGUCAACCAGGCCUGCAGUGACCUGACCCUGGAGAUGACGGGCACCACCAUCGCCCCUCCUCGGCCUAUGGUGUCACCCCCCGCCCCUGUGACCCGCAGGGAGCAGAGCUUCCUGGCCCAGCGCAAAACCAGUGCCAAUGAAAUCUGCUACCACCAGUUCCACUACAAGAUGGAGGACGUCAUAGUCAACCAGUAUGUGCUGCGAUCCUCCUCCACGUCCUCCUCCACUUCCUCCUCCUCUUCAGGACCCGUCAUGCCCUGCGAGCCCUUGGACUGCCCGACCUGCGGGCACACCUACAACUUCGCAGGCAAGCGUCCACGCAUCCUCUCCUGCCUGCACUCGGUGUGUGAGGAGUGCCUGCAGAUCCUGUACGAGUCUUGUCCCAAAUACAAGUUCAUCUCCUGCCCUACAUGCCGGCGUGAGACAGUGCUGUUCACUGACUAUGGCCUGGCUGCUCUGGCCAUCAACACCAGCAUCCUGAGCCGCUUGCCCUCUGACCCCAACGGGCCUGUGCAAUGGGGUGGCGACGCCGACCGCAGCUGCUACCAGACUGUGCGCCAGUACUGCCAGUCAGCCUGCACCUGCCAGAUCGCCAACCCCUUAUCCUCCUGUGGCAUCAUGUAGACAAGGGUGACACUGGCAUGACUCGACGCUGCCCCACUCUUUUCUUCUACCCGCUACCCUAUCUGCCAAUCCCUCUAUCUCUCACAUACAUAAAUCCCUCCACAGACGUAUCUCUAUAUAUUUAAUAGCACAGAUGGAUGCUGUGUGGGACUAAUGGAUGCUGAAGGACACUUGCAGAUAAACAGGGAGAAAUAUAGUAAAUAAAUGUAUUUUAUGUAUGGACUGAAAUCCUAUUCACCCUCUCUUGUUUGGAUGUGUUUGUCAUUGACAUCUCUUUACAUGGGAAUGCCAGGGGAGAAGUAUCCCCUCAACCUAGGUGAAUAAAGAUUAAACAAAUGAGAAAACUC